AUGCGUAGACGUGCAGUUUUCAUUUCGAGUCGGGGACUCAGUGGCCAAGCAUAUUUCAUCUCAGAUGGGAAACCGAUAAACAACUUUGAAUUUUUUAGACCUUUGAUUGAAGGCCUUGGUUAUUCUUUUCCAACUUUGCGACUCCCUGUCUGGCUCAUCUUUUACUUUGCUGCCCUCACAGAGCUGAUCCACAAUUUGGUUGCCAACAUCUAUAACUUUCAGCCAUUUCUAACUUGCACUGAGGUGUCCAAGACGGGUGUGACUCACUAUUUCAGCAUAAUGAAGGCAGAAAAACAGCUUGGCUACACUCCAACCAAACAGAACGAUCUCUCUGAAGCGGUUAAAAUCCUUAAAGAGUCUGGAUGCCUGAAGGCAACAAAAGAUCGCAAAACUUUCACUUGGAAUAGUUUCCUAUUCAACAUUAUUCUUGGCUUAAUUUUUGCUGCCAUUAUCUUGUCUUUCCUCCCACUGGCAGCAUGA